AUGGACUCAGGCAUCCCACACGUCUUACAGAAAGAACUCUCUUGCUUCAUCUGCCUAAACUUCAUGAUGGACCCAGUCACCAUCAGCUGUGGGCACAGCUUUUGUAGGCCCUGUGUCUGCCUUACCUGGGAAGAAGCCCAAAUUCCUGCCCGUUGUCCAGUAUGCAGGGAACCUUCACGACAGGAAGAUUUCAAAACCAAUAUUCAUUUGAAGAACCUAGUUUCCAUUGCCAGACAAGCUAGUCUCCAACAGUUCCUGGACGCUGAGGAGGGCGUGUGUGGGACCCAUAAGAAGAUGAAGAAGAUAUUCUGUGAAGAGAACCAGAGCCUGCUCUGUGUGCACUGCUCUGAUUCCCCCGAGCAUGAGGCUCACAGACACCGCUCCAUUAGCGCGGCUGCCGAGGACUAUAGGGAGGAGCUGGUAAAGAAAAUGAGAUUCUUAUGGGAAAAGAUCCAAGAAAACAAGAAAAAUCUGAAUGAGGAGAGCAGAACAAUCACCCAGUGGAUGUGGUAUGUGUCUCUGCACAGACAGAUUAUCAGGGCAUCUUAUAAAAUGCUGCAUCCAGUUCCCCAUGAAGAUGAAAGACAACACAUAGAGACACUUAUAAAGGAACGGAAUAAGAUUUUCCAACAGCUUAAGAAAAGCAAAACCAAAAUGAUUCUAAAGAAGAAACAGCUAAGAAAAAUGUACAAAGAAAUGAUGAAAAUGUACCAUCAACCAGAUGGGGAGCUGCUCCAGGAUUUGGGAGACAUAUUAACAAGGUGUGAGUCACUACAGCAGCCUAUGCCCCAGCCUGUGAACCCAGAGCUCAAGGCUCAACCUGUCACUGGGCUGAUAGACAGGCUCAGGCACUUCCAAGUGGAAAUUUCCUUCGAUAAUGAAAUAACCAAUUAUGUCAUGCUCCUUGGCCAUGUGAGAGGGUUAAUGUUUGGACAGGACAAUCAAGACACAUCUCCACAUUCUGACAUCUCUGACUAUUUUGCUGCCUGGGGAGACCAGAACUUCACCUCUGGGAAACAUUACUGGGAGCUGGAAGUGAAUGACUCUUGGGACUGGGCUCUAGGAGUCUGCAAGGAUUCCAGCAUCAGGAAGAAGGGCACGCUGAUUCGAUCUGAGGACAUAUUUCUUCUUCUGUGUAUGAAGGAGGACAAACAUUACAGACUCUUAACCACUUCCCCAAUGUUCCCUCACUAUAUAGAGAAACCUAUGAGCAGAGUUGGUGUGUUUCUUGAUUUUGAAAAUGGAAGUGUGAGUUUUGUGAAUGUUGCUAAAAGUUCCUUCAUAUGGAGGUACCCUGCUGGCUCCUUCAAUUUCCCUGUCAGGCCCCUUUUUUUCACUGGCUGCACAUGA